CUGCAUCAUAACCCGCCCUGCUUGCGUCUGUCCAGAUCGGUCUCUGUCUCUGUCUGAACCAGCAACUUCCUGUGAGCGGGCACUGGUACUGGGCAUCACGUUCUGAUUACAUUUACCCAACUCUGCUCGACAGCUCCCCUCAUCAUCCGCGUCCGAAGCUUCCACGGUCGUCCGCGGUUGCAGACGUCGGCGAUAUCGACCAUGGAACGCCUCGCAGUCGAACUGCUCGAACAGAUAUUCCUCCUUGCCUGUACUGACGGCGGCUUCACUGGCUGCUCCCUCUCCCUCGUUUCCAAGCAUAUCCGCGCCGUCUCCCGCUCCUCUCGUUUCUACUCCGUCGCCCUCCUCUCCAAGUCUCCCAAGCAGGUCGCCCGUUUCUACGACGCCUUCAUCAAGGAGCGCGACGCCGCCCGCCAUACACUCCCCAAAAUCCGCCACCUAUGCCUCGCCUCCGCCAUCCGCGAAGUCACCCCUCUCCUCGAGCUCCCCCCUUUCCGCAAUGACGACGAUCUCCUGCACAUCAAGCAGCUCCUCCGCCAGGCAGAAGAGAGCAAGGAGCAGCUCCGCGCCGAGAUGGACGCGGAAAUGCGGCAGUAUCACGCGGACGUCUCCAAGCUCAUCCAGCUCGUCGCCCCCGACGUGUACUCGCUGUCCCUGAUCCACUGCCACCGUUCUGGGAAGCCGGAGCUUCGCUUCGAAGAGCAAAUCGAAUUCCGCGGCUUCCCCAAGCUGCGUGAGCUGACGAUCGUCGGCGAUCAUCCAAAGUUCGUUCUCUCGGAAGACGCCGCCCGGGACGGAGCAGCGUUGUACCCGCAACUCGAGCACCUCCAUCUCGCCCUCGUCUCCCUCACCGCCUACCAGAGCCUCGACGUGCUCAGCUGGACGUCCGACGCUCCGCAGCUCACCCACAUGCGCAUCUCCAACAUCAACUACUGGCCAAGAACCGUCCUGGACGCUCUCAAGAAGGCUUUCGCGACGAAGGAGAUGUCGAGACGCCUGCUGCAGGUCGUCAUGCAGCCCCACUCGCCGCCGCCCAUGGGCGGGCCCUGCGGCACCCCGCACUUCGUGUACGACAACUUCAAGCAGCAGCUGCGCGACCUCUGCAAGCCCUCGGAGAUCCCCACCGUGCUCCUCCCGCCGAACAAGGACCUCAAGGAGCGAGAUUGGGAGGACAUCAUGAUGCGCGCGUGGGUGGACCGCGUCGAGGGCCGGUUAGGGUGCUGGGACACGCGCGAUCCGAGGGCGGAGGUGUGCUGUUGACUCCUGCUGACCCGUGUGGAGGGUGCGCGUGCUGGAGCAGGGGAGACGGGUGUGGAGGCAGAGAUACCGUAUGCGUCUUUCAAUUUUGUCGUGGCAAUACUGCAUAGCUCUGGCGCCGAUAACGACGCCGUUAGUGUCCGCGGAUAUGGACCGUUGGUGUAUCAUAGCUUAUUGCUUAACUUGAACGCAUACCCCGUCUGUGCUGUAUAUAGGGUACACACAUUCUUUAACUCGUUCCGUACUUUGAAAUACCUUCUUGUGCAUAGGCACAUUUUACUCGCCUAUAGCAGCGGGUUUCUCGAUUUCUGGGUGUUUCGGUUCU